AUGAAUCUUCCAAUAUACUGCGUCGGACUGAAUUAUAAAAGCCACGCAAAAGAGGCCAACCUCAACGUUCCGGCAAACCCCCCAUUAUGGACAAAGCCUGCCGCAUCAUUAUCAGCUCCAAACGAACCCAUUUCUGUCAGUCGGUUUUGUGCUUCGCAUCUUCCUGACUGGGAGGGUGAAUUGGCAUUUGUCACCUCUCGCGAUUGCCGAGACGUUUCACCAGAGGAAGCCGCACCCUAUAUUCUCGGUUAUACUAUUGGCAAUGACCUUACGUGCCGCUUUUUCCAGCUCCCGGAACAGGCCGCUGGGCAGUUCUUUUUCGCAAAGGCAUUCGACAAAUUUGCUCCAAUAGGACCUGUUCUUACGAGUCCAGAUAUCUUCAACAAGGGGCGAGCAAAUGCUACACUGACCACCCGAAUCAACGGCAAAGUAAAGCAAGAUGCGAUUAUACAACAAGAAAUGAUAUUUAACCCAGAGCAAGUGCUGAGCUGGAUGAGUCAAAGCACCACAAUCCCAGCGCACACAGUGGUAAUGACUGGCACUCCAGCAGGGGUUGGCGCAUUCCGAAAGCCACGUGAAUUUUUGAAUGAUGGAGAUAUGAUCGAAAUUGAAAUAUCUGGACUGGGCGUUCUAAGGAAUCAAAUAAAAUUCGAGGAUGGUCAAGAUUCGAUUAUGUGA